CUCUCUCUCUAAAACAGGCCCAAAAAGAAAAAAUGAAAAAAAAGAAGCAAUCUUUUUCAUCAUCUUCUUUGGAUUUGAUCGAUCAAAUCCCUUUGAUCGAUUGAUAUCCAAUCAAGGGGUUGUUAGAUUUUCUCUGUGAUUCUGUAGGGAUUAAUUUAAAGAAAUUUGGUUUAUUAAAUGUGAUGGAGAUGGAUAAUAUUGAAUGUGUAUCUUCAUCAGAUGGUGGAGGAGGGAUGGAAGAAGAAGAUAUAAGAACCCAUAAUCAUAAUCAUAAUAAUCAAUUUUCAUCAUCAAAAGGGUUAAAUAAUAAUGGGAUUUCUCCUGCUGCUACAAGUGUUCAUGAAUUGCUUGAAUGUCCUGUUUGUACUAAUUCUAUGUACCCACCUAUUCAUCAGUGCCACAAUGGGCACACACUGUGCUCGACAUGUAAAACAAGGGUACACAACCGCUGUCCUACUUGUAGACAGGAGCUUGGAGAUAUCAGGUGUUUAGCAUUGGAGAAAGUAGCUGAAUCCCUUGAGCUUCCCUGCAAGUAUGGCUCCCUGGGAUGCCCAGAGAUAUUUCCCUACUACAGUAAGCUCAAGCAUGAGGCUCUGUGUAACUUCAGACCUUAUAACUGUCCUUACGCUGGAUCAGAGUGUGCUGUUGUUGGUGAUAUUCCGUUUUUGGUCACCCAUCUGCGAGAUGAUCAUAAAGUAGACAUGCACACUGGAUGUACAUUCAACCAUCGAUAUGUGAAGUCUAAUCCCCGUGAAGUUGAAAAUGCUACCUGGAUGUUGACUGUCUUCAACUGUUUCGGUCAGUACUUCUGCCUGCAUUUUGAAGCGUUCCAACUCGGAAUGGCCCCUGUUUACAUGGCAUUCCUUCGCUUCAUGGGAGACGAAAACGACGCGAGGAACUACAGUUACAGUUUGGAAGUAGGAGCAAACGGAAGAAAACUCAUUUGGGAAGGUACACCACGGAGCAUUCGCGAUAGUCACAGGAAAGUCAGAGACAGCCACGACGGACUCAUAAUCCAGCGAAAUAUGGCACUAUUUUUCUCCGGCGGGGACAGGAAAGAGCUGAAGCUUAGGGUGACAGGGAGGAUAUGGAAGGAACAACAAAACCAAGAAGCUGGGGUGUGCAUACCAAACCUUUGUAGUUGACAGGAAAAUGUAUGAUUGCUUCUUGUUUAUGUUGUUUCGAUCAGUUGAUGAUUUUUCUUCUUUCUUUUUUUUCUCUUUCUGUCUCUCUCUCGACUCGCCUUAGACUGUUUGCUUCAUGUGUGAAAACAAGUUUGCUGAUAAAAAUGUAAUCUAAUGGCAAUGAGAUAGAAAUCUUUGGAGGAUUCAUUCAACUAUAAAUAUUUACUUACCUAUAUUAUUAAUA